CCAACAAUCUAGUCCCUGCGCGGUGGUUCUGCAGGCGCGUGCGUUCCUGACGGGCUGUUGACUCGUUUUUCAGCCGUAAACACAGAGAGACUCGAUGAUCCAUCCGGAUUUACAGAAGAGAUUCUCGAGAGGAUCUUGGUGAAGCUCUCUGGUGUAUUUGGGAGGAAGAAGAAUGUGAUGAGUCUGGUGCCGGUGUUUACAGGUGACCGGAGAAGGUUUGUGUUCCACCGUCAUUGAUCUGAGACGUCAGCUGACGGAAAUCAGCUGUUUUAUUAAAACUUCCUGUUGUUUGGCGGAAGUACCGUGGAAGUUUCUUCUCUCAUCAAACCUAAAAUAUAAACGGAAACGUUGAAUUUUGUUUGAUGGCAUCAGCUGCAACUUGUCUGAUAAAAGAGCUUCUCUGAUUGGUUUGUUAGUGACCAGGUGUCAUUACCUGACAUCACUUCCAGGUAAUGUUUUAGGGACCAAGAAGGCUGAUUGUUGUGGUCUUACGUCAAAUUUCUAGCUGGUGAGUCCUGGAGAUGUUUGAUCUUCAUCCUGGAUCCAUGUUGGGAUUCCUGAAUGAUUCCCUUUAGAAACUGAGUGAGCCGUUGGAUUUGUGAGGAAGAAGAUCUGCAGGAUGAAGAACGGAUGAGUUUGAAUGAUUGAAGAAAAUCUGGUUUCACGUCACAGAACCAAAAACUAGUUUAGUUUGAACUUUCAGAAACAGAGAUGAGUGCUCCUGAGCCCACUGAGAGGAGAAGGAGCAGCUCCAACAUGAAGCUUCCUCUUCAUCAUGUUGGAGACCUUAAUGGAAAUGCGUUCCCAGUCUCCUCUUCCUCCUCUUCCUCCUCCUCCUGCCUGGGGGAGUCGUCCCCGGAGUCCCUGCGGAGUCUGAGCAGUCUGAGUGGGAGGUGUGCCGACAGCCCGCUGGACUGCGAACUGCUGGAGGUCACCCUGAUCACCUCCAUCUCCAAAACCCAGAGGACCACAGACGUGGUUCUCUCUCAGUGGCAGCCAGAAGAGGCGGGGCCUCAACGUGAUGAUGAUGAUGAUGAUGAUAAUUCAGUGGGAGGAAUACCGACUGAAUCCAUUGAUACCUCUGUUUCCGUUUACCUGGACGCCAGCAGUGGCAUUUACAUCCAUGAUACCUGGAGAGACCACCUGACAUCAUCGCUGAACUCAAACAGUGGUUGUCAUGGUAACAGUGAAGAUGUAGACAGUGGCAGUAGCGUCACGAGGAGGUGUAGCUCCUCCAACCCAGACUCUGAUGCCACAGAGACUCCAGCUGAUGAUGAUGAUGAUAAUGAAGAGGUUCUGUUUCUCUCUGUGAGCUCUGACAUGUGUGUGACACUUACACAGGUGAAUACAGGUGUGCUACCAGCAGGGGCGGAGCCUGUGGUUGAUGACAAAAACUCAGUGACGGAUUCUGUAGGACCUCAGAUUCCUCUGGACGUUCCUCGGGACCUCAGAGGAAGCUCCCAGAUGUUUUCUUCUACAUGUUCCACCAAAGCUCCUGGUGGUGAUGCUUCAGCUGUCCCACCUCCUCCUACUCCUCCGCCUUCUGCUCCUCCCGAUGAAGCUGAAAUACACAAACUACAAACUAAACCAGUGCCAACACCCAAACAAGCUGCUGUCCCACCAUCCAGCCUGGAAGCAAAAAGAUUUAACAAACUGGAUCUCAGACCUGCCCAGACGAAAACUGGAUUAAGGAGCAACACAUCUCCAGCUAAGACACCUUUCCAGAUCAAACCAGCUCCAGUUGGUAGAAGGAAUCCCAUUUCCAGGAUGGUGCAGGGUGAUGGGAAUAAAAAACCUGGUCCAAUCAAAGUGGCUGUUCUGAAACCCAUCAGAACCAAAAGCCCUAAUCCAAAAACCAGCCACAAGAUGGCAGCAACAUCUAAUCUAGCUAAUCAACAGAACAGGAAGCUGACCAUCAGUCGGAUCUCUUCAGAUGGUUCCCAGGGGUCUGAGGUGGAGGGAGAAGGACCCCCAAACGCUCCCAAGAUGGCUGUCGAGGAAGUGCCUAAAGACCCAGAUAUCAAAAGUCCAGGUGGAGCAUCAGUCCUGAAGGGGAGCCCCGCCGGUUCUGUCAUGAAAGUUUCCUCCAAAAUUGGACCCGGUACCAGGCAGCCCUCCAGAACCACCAGGACAGCACCUCCUUCGGGCUCUGGGACCGGACCUCCAGGACCUGGUCUGAUUGACAACUCCACAUUAAGAGAAGCUGGACAGAGUUCUGCUGAAGGAUCUCUAAUCAAAACCAGACAGAACCAGAACCAAAACCAGGGUAUCUCCAGACCACGACCUAGCCCAGACCAACCAUCGGCUCGCAGUCCCACAGGCUCCGCCUUCAAACCUGCAGCCAAUCAGCAGCCAGCACCGGGAUCAGCUGGGCGAUCUGCAGCAUCCUCCAGACUUCCUGUUAAAGUUUUAACGAGUUCUGGUUCGGGUUCGGGUCCGCCUGAGAGCAACGCAGCCAGUAAAGCAGCUCCAGAACCUCCAAAUGGGCCAAAGCCUGAUGAGAGGCCCAGUAGAACCACACUUCCACCAGCAAAACACCCUGGUUCUGGUUCUACAGCACCCCCCAGCAGCACCAGUCCUCCCACUGAGCCCUCUCCCAGUGCUCCAAAACCUCCCACUGCCAGAACCAGAACUCUGUCUCUGCAGGCCAGAACCCCUGCUGCAGGUCUGAAGACUCCGACCGCCUCCGUCAGGUCCCCCUGCAGCCCGCUGAAGGCGACUCCUCCCGGAUUCCCCAAGACUACCGCCCCGCUGCAGAGGUUCGGCCGACCCAACGGCUCAGUCUGGGCUCAGCAGCUCUGCGUUUCUGCCUGGCAGACUCCAGUGGACAAGAAUAGAACCCGGGAGGUGCCGGCCCGACCCAGCAGCAUCAGCUCCCCAGUCGCAGCAGGACACCAGCAGAACCAGCACCUUCACCCAGCUGAGUCGGUUCCAGAUGUUUUGAAUGCAAACAUCCCAGUGAAACCAGCUGUUUCAGAACCGGGCCCGGAUGCUGCCAGCACCACUUCCAGUGGACCUACUAGUUCUGGGUUUAAAACCAGGACCGGAUCACGGUCCAGCCCUAAAGCUGGACCCCGCCUUCAGAAUGCAUCUCGACCCGGAGUGGGCGCGGCAGAGGGAACGGCCGGGUCCAAACAGAAUCAGAACAAAGAGCAGCUGGAGAAGAAGAACCAGGCCAUCGUCCAGCUGAGGAAGAUUCUGGUCCAGGGGAACCGGAAGGUGGAGGCGCUGGCCGUCAUCAUCCAGCAGCUCUUCACCGAGCGUGAAGAAACACUGAAGAAGAAGAAGGAGCUGUCGCUAGAGCUGGGCACGCUCCGAGAUGAGCUGGUGGCCUCAUCCCAGAAGUGCGAGCGUCUGCAGAGGGAGAAGGAGGAGACGUGCUCCAGCUUAGAGGAGAGUCUGAAGAGACUGGAGGUGCAGCAUCAGGAGGAGCUGGUUCAGCUGGAGGACAGGUUGAAGAGUUUUUAUCAGACAGAAUGGGACAAAGUCCACCAGGUGUACCAGGAAGAGGCGGAUCGAUGUCGGACGCUGAUGGAGCAGCAGGUGGAGGACCUGAGGGUCCGACAAGAAGCAGAGAAGAAGAACCAGGAGGAGAUUCACAGCCAGAAGAUGGAGUCUCUGAAACGGGACUACGAGACCUCCUUACAAGAGCUGAAGAGGAUCCGGCAAACGGAUCUGGAGGAUCUCCAGAAAACCAUGAAGGAGACUGAAGCUUCCCUCUCUGAGAAGAUCUCUGAGCUUUCAGCAGAACGGGAGGACCUGAGUGAGAAGCUGCGAGCAGAAGAGGAGCGGAGGCAGCGGAUCCUGAGCGACAGAAACCUGAAGGACUCCCACACAGUGUACCUGCAGCAGGAGCUGGAGAGCCUGAAGGUGGUUCUGGAGAUGAAGAACAACCAGCUGCACCAGAAGGAGAAGAAGCUGAUGGAGAUGGACCGGCUGGUGGAGACCAACGUGAGGCUGGAGGAGUGUCUGAAGAAGGUCCAGCAGGAGAAUGAGGACUACCGGGCCCGGAUGGAUAAACACGCAGCUCUUUCAAAGCAGCUGUCCACGGAGCAGGCCCUCCUCCAGCAGACGCUGCAGAAGGAGUCAAAGGUCAACAAGCGCCUGUCCAUGGAGAACGAGGAGCUGCUGUGGAAGCUGCAUAACGGAGACCUGAUGGCCAGCCCCCGACGCCUCUCCCCCACCUCCCCUUUUGGCUCACCACGGAACUCCGCGUCCUUCCCCACAGCUGCUCCGUUAUCUCCCAGAUAACCUGCUGGUCUCCUGGGAGCAGCUGAUGCUCCUGAUGUACCUACACCCAAGCGCAGAACCGGCCGCGCUCCCAAUCAGCUCCUACCAAAAGCCUGAGUGCCCCUCUCUUUGAGGAGAUCCAUCAGGUACUCCUCAGGGUCCGUUCUGAACCUCGUCGAUCCUUCCGUGUUGUUGAAGUUCCUCCUGGUCUUUAGGAAGCAGGAGAGGAAACUUGUGUGAAGGGAUGAUAAAACCACAGAAAGUGGAGCGGGAAUUUUUCUGGAAUAUUUUGCCUAUUUUUGAACGUUUUUUUCUCCCAAAGAGCGAAGCUCAAUCAGACUGGACCUCAGCGAGAAGAUGGGACUCGAGUCCCUCUGAGGACACACGGGACCGCUGAGCUGAGCGCUCCUGACCUGAGUGGAAUGUAAACCUCUGAAUCCUGGAUGUGAACUCCGAUAUGCAGAUUAUUUAACAUGAAACCUGUUUGUGUUCCACCUCUAGCGCCACCUUGUGCCCAAACAGACUAACUGGAACCGAACUAUCAGUCUCAUGAACUUUUUUCCCUCACAGGAAACUGUUGAUCCAAAUAAGUGUCACUUCCUGUUGUUUGUGUCACUUCCUGUUUGUCCUGGGAACCCUCAGCUUUACCUGAAAUGCCUCAAUCUGUUGGUUGUUUACAGAAUAAAACCCAAACGACAGCA